AUGUCUGUACCACUUCGUUCGUUAUUUCACAAAGUGCUACACAGCGCGUCCAAGGCACACGACCUUCCGACAGGAGACGAUGCGACCCAGGAUAUCGUUCAGUCGUGUCUGAGUGAUUUGAAGUUACUUCAAUCAAGGAUCACUGGCCUGGGCCUAUUCAGUCCGAACGAAACAAUAGAGGAUAUCUCGACGCGAGAUCUCGUAUAUCUCUUAGUACCAUACAUCUAUGCUCAAGUCAUAGAACGUAUCCGAACUACAGAGCGCGAAGACCGCCUUGCGUCCUUGGCUCAGGCUCAGCGCCUUCUGCGAAGUUUCUUGGAAAGUCUCGAUGAUUACCAUAUCAUCUCCGAAGAAGAUCGCGAGUUGUACAAGCAGAAGGCAUCUACCAUCAGGGAUCCGGCGACACGAAGGGAGCUGAAAAUCAAGCAAUACAAAAACGAGAAACAGCUAAAGCAGCGAAUAGAGGCAAUAGCAAUCCGAAGAAAUCAAGCUGCUCCCCUGAAAUCUUCGCCGUCCGAGUUUGACUUAAUCAUGGCACUGCUUCCGCCCGAAGUAGAAAACGACGACGAGCAAGAUGACGAAGAUGAGGCCACCUCUGAUGCUGCCCGUGACGCCAUUCUCCUCCUGCUCCGACUUGGGUAUACACACGCCAACUCACAGCUUGAAAGCAUGGACCAGGAAUCGGAUCUCUUACGAUCUGCGCCUCCCGAGCCCCCGACACAAACCUCCGACGAUCCACGGAGGGACAAGAGGAAAGAACUAGACGAUAUGUGGCGCUUAGACGCUCCCAGAGUCAGUGGUGGGCCAGAUGGGAAGGGACUUCUCCUGGACCCAAAUGGAAAGCCCCUCCGCCCAUUCACCAUUCUGCCUGCUGGCACGUCCGCACGAGCGCGGCUUCAAGCUCAAGUUUUCGGUCCUGACCACAGACUCCCCUCUAUGUCGAUUGACGAGUAUCUGCAGAUCGAGCAAGAACGUGGUAAUAUCAUUACUGGUGGCGGUCCUGCCUCCGAAAUCGAGCCUACGUCUUCAGAGCAGCUAGCGUUGGAUGCGGAGGAAGACGGAACAUUGCUGGGCGAAGCGAAUGCUGAGAAGAAACGGCAGAAAGAUGAGAACUGGGCAGUUUUUACGGACGAAAAUCCCAGAGGCGCAGGGAACACCAUGAAUAGAGGUUGA